UUGUUUUAUAUGUGAAUACGUGAGUGCGAACUUUUUUUUUAUAUUUUUUAUUGAGAACAAACCCGUGUAAAAGUGUGAUUCUAUGUGUUGGUGGGAGCGAGCUCAAAAAAAGGUUGCCACCGACAACAACCUUACAUAGUCACAAACGCAUUGAGAAUUCAUGUUGACACUCUUGGUGGUUUCAGUUGCACUUGCAAUAGAGCUACAAAUGUCUUCUCUAAAUAUAAACCAAAUAUAAGGACGUUAGCAAAGACGCAAGGACCAGGACUUGAGCAUAGCCGGACAACGAUUAUAGUGGAAGGAUGCCACGGCUCCGCAACGAUGCUGGCGUCAGGACAAUAUAUAAGGAUGGAGACGUCGUUUGGGUCAAAAUACACAAUUCUGAAACUUGGUGGCCUGGUGAGGUCACCUCAUCGCAGGACUUUCGCUUCGUCAAUGCAUCUAAAAAGCCCUUUGCGGUUGUUGAAUUCUUCAGUGAGAACACCUUCGAGCAAGUGAAUUCGCCCAAGCUGAUCUUUUACUAUGAUUGUGAACAUAAGGAGGAAUUUAUCUAUCUGGGCACAAAGAAAUCCGUGCCAAAGGAGGUGAAGGAGCAGUUCAAUGAUGAUGUGAAACAAGCGGAAAUUCGCUAUGCGGAAUAUGUUCUGAAGCAAAAAGCAAAGAAGCCUGAAGAAAAUACGCAAGAAGAAACUCCAGAAGGAAAUACGGAAGAAGAAGAAGAAGAAAAUCCAGAAGGAAAUACGCAAGAAGAAGAACAUCCAGAAGGAAAUACGCAAGAAGACGAGAAUUCAGAAGCAGAGAAGCAAGAAAAAGAAAGAGCAAAGAAAGAAGCAAAGAAGAAAGAAACAAAAAGGCGCGAAGCUAAGAGGCAAGAAGCAAAAAAGCAUGAGGCAAAGAAACAAGAUGCAAAGAAGCAAGAAGCAAUGUUGCACGUGCCCGAGAGCUUAAUAAAGGUGUUUCUCACCAACUGCACCAACUGCAAGAUCAACGACCACAGACACAGCUGCCACCGCCACCGUCACAGUAGCCACAGUCACCACCACAGUAGCCGCCACAGUCGGCACAGUCGGCAUAGACGCCAUAGUCGCCAUAGUCGCCACAGUAGCCACAGCAGGAAGCAUAGGAAAAGCCACAGCAGCGGCAUCAAACGCAAAAGUAUAGCAACAUCAACAGUAACAUCUGGCCAAUAUGAGUCUUUCAUACGCAUUAUGGACAUUGGGCCUUGUGGCAGCGGCUACACAGACAAAGAGAAAGAGGACAGGAAGAACAUUAAAGACAGCAAAGACAACAAAGAAAACAUAGAAAACACAGAAAACAAAGAAAGCAAAGACACCACAGAAAGCAAGGACAACACAGUCGGCAAGGACAGCACAGAUAGCAAAGGCAAGAAAGACAGCGAAGAGAGCAAGGACAGCACGGACACCACAGACACCACAGACAAAGAAGAACGCAGAGUAUUUAUACCCCCGGACUACAAAUAUGAGUGCACCAUGUGUGUAUUUCGCACGAGCAGCAUGAGUGUGUUACUCUUACACAGACGUAAUCAUAGUGAUCCGUUUAAUAAGCGCACAGAUGAGAUCCCACGCAGGGACACGUUCAUCGAACACCAAGAGCAGCGAAACAAGGAUCGCGCCAAUACCACCUCGUUUAGUAUUUCGGAUGUCAUGUGGCGUUGUGAGUCCCGUCAUGUGUCCAUUGUGGUAGAUGCGUCGCUCACGUUUGCGGAGCAGCGUCAGGUGGAGAACAUUGCCCAGCUUACGCUAGACAGCAUAGAACGCGUGGUGGACCCUGCAGCGUAUGAGGAGGAAAAGAAGCGAAGGGAGCAGGAAGCAAAGGAGCAGCAGAUAAAGCAGCAGCUAAAACGGCUGCAACAGCUGCAUGAAGAGGAGCAACAACUACAGCAGCAGCAACAGCAGCAGCAGGAGCAACAACAGCAGAAGCAGGAGCAACAACAGCAGGAGCAACAGCAGCAGCAACAGCAGCAGCAACAGCAGCGUCGCAGCACACAGAUGCAUGCACGAGAUCCGCGUCGCCACCGCUUCGAUCAAAUGCGUGCUACAAUGGCGGCGGCACCAGGCUCACCGAUCACGCCCUCUUCCCACGACUCCACACCAGCCAAACAGCGUCGCCUCACGCGCUCCGCCAGCCGACAGGUGGAGAACAACGCUCAAAGUGCUAGCACCAGUGCUGCCGCUGAGCAAUCACCCUUGGCGCCGCCCUAUACGCCAGUUCGACGUGGCCCCGAUAGACGUCUGGUUACGCUGGCCACACCCAGGAGCCCAGUUACUCCAUGUGCAUCUCCGAACAAAGAGCGCAGCCGAAGCAUGCGCAACAGUUUCACGAAUCCGGAUUUUUGUCAAACGCCCCGGAGGAGCUUGGGGCCGCAGCAGAAGAGCAAGCGUCCGCGCUCCAAGACACCUCCCAACAAGAAGCAACCAGAGCCGGCGGCAGCAGAGACUGAAGAUAGGUCCCAAGAGAAGAUGCAGGAGGCAUUGCCAGCAGCUCAGUCCCCAGAGAAGAUGCCGAGUUCAUUGCCAGCAGCUCAGUCCCCAGAAGAGGUGCAGAAUUCAUUGCCAGCAGCUCAAUCCCCAGAAAAGGUGCAGAAUUCAUUGCCAGCAACUGAGUCUCAAGAAGAGAGGCAGAAUACAUUGCCAGCAGCUCGUUCACGGUAUACAAUACCCCUUGUAGAGACUGUGGAAGAGCUGCAUGCUCGCCUGCUGGCCGAAUGGGGUGAGGACGACCCGGAGAUAGCGAAAUAUAAUGUAUCCUAUCCUAAUCAGAGGGACGAAAUGCAAUCAAAGCCAGUAAGGUAUUCUCCUCCACCAAUGCCAAGUUCAUAUUGUGCUCAGUAUGGCCGAAUCGCAUCAGUGCCAUGCUCUAUUAGUACAAAUCGCAUACGCAACCUUCCAAAGAUCCUAUCAAAGGAUCGUCGCGAUGUUGUGGUGCAAGAGCUCAGAAAUAGCAGGUCUCGUACACCAGAUGAGCCUAUUAUUAUACAGGAUGAUAGCGAUGCUAGCUCCAAUGGUAGUGUGGUCUUUGUUGCUAACAAGCAGCAGGAAGCGCAACCGGAGCAGCAACAUGAGCGUGAGCACGAGCUGGAGCAGCAAGCUGCAUCGACGUCUAAUCAAUGUGCGUCAAGGCAGCAGAAUAACUCUUCGUGCUUUGACUUUCAGGAUGAGGAAGAAGAUUUGGAGUUGGGGGGCAAACUGUCAACGAUGCAGUCGGUACCAGCGCCCGCUGAUGCUCAGAAUGGUUUAAGCUAUAGACGCGGCACCAAGCCAAAGAUGGCGAAUGGCAAGGAGACACUGAACGCGACUGAGCAGCUGCAACCUACAACACCAAUGGCAGCAGUUGCAGUUGUAGCUGAGGUGGAGCUGCCAGCUGAGGAGCAGGAGAAAGCAGAGCCACUGACCACUAAGGAGCAGGAGGAUGUAGAGGCACCGACCACAAAGGAGCGGCAAAAGCGUAUUUUCAAGUCGCGCAAUAAAUCACCGCAAGCGGCGGUGCCCACACAGGAAGAAGAGGAGCAGUUGCAACAGUUAGAAGAGGAACCCGAAAUGCAGCCGGAGAUGCAACAGGAGCAGGGUAGAGAACAUGAAGUAGAGGAGCAGCUGCAGCAAUUCGAAGAGGAACCCGAAAUGCAGCAAGAGAUGCAACAGGAGCAGUGUAGAGCACAGGAAGAAGAGCAACUGGAGCAAUUAGAAGAGGAACCCGAAAUGCAGCCGGAGAUGCAACAGGAGCAAGGUAGAGAACAGGAAGAAGAGGAGCAGCUACAACAAUUGGAAGAGGAACCCGAAAUGCAGCCGGAGAUGGAACAGGAGCAGAGUAGAGAACAUCAAGAAGAGGAGCAGCUGCAGCAGUUGGAAGAGGAACCACCACCACUGCACCAGGAGAUGCAACAGGAGCAGUAUAGAGAACAGGAACUAAAACAGGAGGAAGAUCCACAGUCGCAAUCACUGAUGAAUGGUGACAACCACAACAGCAAUCGUUAUAGUCAUAGCCUACCCAGUGAAACGAAAUCCAGCCACACAAAAAAGAAGAAAAAGAAGAAGGAGAGGGAGAAGGACAGGGAGAAUAAAAAGAAAAGGAAGAGUAGCAACAGAAAUUCAUCGAAACCCAAAACUAAAUUGAAAUCAAUCGUCAAAAAAAAUAAUCGCCAUAUGCGCCGUGGAUCGUUUAUUCAAUCGCAUGGUGAAUUGUUGAGCGAAUGUUACUCAAAUUCCAAUAGCAACAGUUAUAUACCUUCUCAGUCGAGUCGCAUGGCCUCGCCUGCCUUGAGCAACAGUCAGAUGUCAUCCCAGUCAAGUCGCGUGACCUCACCCACCUUCAGCAACAGUUAUAUGUCAUCCCAGUCGAGUCGCAUGUCCUCGCCCGCCUUGAGCAACAGUCAUAUGUCAUACGUGUCAAGUCGCAUGGCCUCGCCCGCCUUGAGCAGCAGCCCAAGCCAUUGCUCGAACAGCAACCAGAGCAACAGCACCUACAGCAGCUCCGUACAAUCGAAUGUUGCGGUUAUAUCCCCUGAGGAAGCGCGUGAGCUGCACCGCUCAGCGCCAAUACUGGGGGAGGAUAACGCAACGCAAUCAAGCGGUGUUUUCAUCUUGGAGGACAUACGUCUGCCCAAUUUAUAUGAUCUUCCGCCAUCUACGAGGGCGAGCAUUGCUGCUUCAGAAAACAGUAAUAGCUACAACAAUAUCGGCAACGGCAACCAUAGUAAUCAUAGCAACCACAGCAGCAUCAGUACUAUCAGCGUUAAUAGCAUACAACAUCAGUUGUCGCCAGGCUAUCAAUCGUGGAAGGAGCAACUUAAGCAACAAUUUGAAGCCGGUAGCACCUAUCAAGAGCAACAGCGUAGCCUCCAAUUUUCCGCCACUAGCAUCCAGCGUCUGGGGGUACAGCAGCAGCCAGUGGUGAAGCAGCAAACGCAGCGAGAGCAGCAACGUGAGUUACAGCAGUUCCAGCGGCAGCAGCGACAACUACUAAUUCAGCAGCAGACUGCGGACCGACUAAAGCGCCAACAGCGCGAACAGCAAGAGCUGGCGCAGAAGCAACAAGUGCAACGAGAGCAACGAGAGCGAGAGCAGCGAGAGGAACGUCAGAAACUAGAGCAGCAACGAGAGCGAGAGCAGCAAGAGCACCAACAGAAACGAGAACAGAAGCAGAGAGAGGAGGAAGAGAUGGAUGCUAGUCAGAUGGAAUACCAGCGGGAGAUCGAUGAGCACCUGGAACUGAAACGACAGCGCGAAAAGCAAAGAAAACGCGAAGAGCAUUUGCGUGGGAAGCGGCAAAAAAUGGAGCAGGCGGAGGCGAACAGUGAGCAGCGGAGGCACACUCCAUGGUAUUGGCCCCAAAACAGAAUCGUCUCUGGCCAACCGCAGCUGCCGAAAGGCGAAUUGGAGCUAUUGGAAAGAUUCGACGAAGAUGUUAGAAGUGGACGUUACCAAGAAAGGUCUCGCUUGAGGAGCGAUCGUUCGGCACGUCACACUCGCGCGCAAGUGCCGAAUUACUAUACAGGGUACAUGCGUCCACAACAGAGGGCCGUAAGUGAGCAACCUCUAGAUGGAGAGUACUCGGAGGAUGAUGAGCAGCAGAAACUGCGUCGACGCUCGGCAGAGGUACAUCGUUGGUACCCAAACAGCCUAGAGCAAAAAGAAGAACUGGAACAGGAGGAACAGCGAAAGCUGCGACGACGCUCGGCAGAACUGGCAGAGGUACAACGUUGGUACACAAGGAGUCCAGAGGAACAGGAGCAACAAGAGGAGCAGCACCAAACAGGAAUGCAGCUCCUAGAAGAACAACAGCAAUCAGAAAUGGAAUUGGAGCAAUUGCCGCUCCAAGAAGAACAACAGCAGGAACAACAGCAACCAGAAAUGGAAUUGAAGCAAUUGCAGCUCCUAGAGGAACAACAGGAGCCAGAAAUGGAAUUGGAGGAGUUUCAGCUCAUAGAAGAACAACAACAGGAGCAACAACAGUCAGAAAUAGAGUUGGCACAGUUGCAACUCCUAGAGGAACAACAUGAGUCAGAAAUGGAGUUGGAGCGGCUGGUAGAACAACAGCAUCGAGAACAAAUUGAUGCUGUGCUAGAAACGACACCAGAGCCAGAUUUUUCAGGAAAUGAAGAGACCCAAACCGAGAUCGAGACAGUAGCAGAGGCAGAAAUAGAAUCAGAGACAGAAAUAGAAACAAUGCCGCCAGACUCAGCAUUAGAGCCGCUGGUGGCAGAACAGGAAACGGAAGCUCAGGCUGCUCAGGAAGAGCACGCUGUGGAAAUGGAGGUUAAGGAGACCACCGAAGAUAGCGACUCGGACCAAAUUUGUGCUGUCAUGACGAGUCCCAUACCCGGCUAUAACAAUACCUUUAUGCUCUGCUCGCUGACCGACGACAACGACUUUGCGCCAAUUAAUAAUGAAGCGCUCUAUCUGGACCAGGGGAAUCAUUUGGUGCCAGUGCCGCUAGAAGCGUUGGCUGAUUCGCCGCAUCUAUCUGAUGAUGCUCCUGUGUCGGCAGUGUUUAUGCUUGAAGGUGAGAACAUUGCUCAUGUGGCUAUGGUGCAUGGGGCCAUGGGGCAGAUUGAUUUGGACCAGACACCGCUAAGCCAGGUUGCGGAUAAUAUGGCGCAGGAAGCAGCCGCAGUUCUUAAUCAGUCCAAUAUUGUGGUGCAACAGGAGGGUCAUGAAGUAAGGGAGGGGAGGGAAACAGUGCAAGUGGAUAUGCUGCAGCUACAUGUCAAUGGCCAUUAUAUAGAAAUUACCACCGAUGUGCUAAUGAACAUUGCCAGCCAGGCGGAAGACCUUAUGAUCGAGAUCGAAGGCGGCGGUCGUGCCACGCUGCAUUCCACCGAAAUUCUCGAAGCGGCUAAGGUGUAUCUGCAGGAGCGCAAUCUGACAUUGGUAAGCUUGAAUGAGUUGGAAAAUGGACCUGCUCAGCGUAACGCUUCGGUUACUGAAGUUGAUGAGGAUGAGUUGCCAUCGGGGUCGCGGCGAGCGCCCGCUACAGAUCUCUUAGCAGCCGCGCUAGCUUGUAGCGAUUUGGAUAUGGACUUGGACAGCGCAGGCGUUGGUCUACUGCAUAUUGAUACGCGUCAUGAUGAUGAUGACGAUGAUGAUGAUGAAGAUGUGGCGCGGCAAUCGUGCUCACCUGCAGCAACUGCUGCCAACCGCUUUAUGACGAUAACGCACGCCUUGCCACAAUCCACGGGCACACUGCACUUGUCGCCGCCCAUUACAGCGAGCACAAAUGAAACAAACGCGUUGCUUGAUCACACGCCUAUUAUGUCAACGCUGGAAAAUCCCACCGGUGGCAUGCAACUGCAAUCCGCUUCACCACUGGGCGGCGGCAGCAAUCUGAACGAAAGCCUGGCCAUCAUCGGUGUCACCAACAAUGGCGGCAGCAAUGUGCCCACUUCGCUGGAGCUGCCCAUUACAAUUACUAACCCGGCCAUAGCGCCGCGAGUGGCUGCCACAGCCAAUGACUUGCUUAAGUUUUUGCCCUUUCAAUAAGCGGCAUAAGCUUAAACUCAGUGAGCAGCUGCUGUUUUAGUUGAAUUUAUUUUUUUUCUUUCUCAAUGUGUUUAGGAAUAUAAGCAGAUAUUUAAAAUAGUUCAAAUGUAACUGUUGUAAACGUGUUACAUACAAAUCUAUAACUUGAAACCGACUUUAAUGUGUUAGUUUAACUCACUGGAAGAAUUGUUUGACUAGCAAACACUAAAACUGUGUACAUUUUUUUUCUCAUAAAUAUACUGUAUGAAUGUUUUUUUUUUUAUAUAGCUUUAAAGAAACAAAACAAUAUAUAGGGUACGCAAAAAAAAAAAAGAGAAGAAAAUAACAUUUAGGUUAAAAUUAGAGGACAACUCCUCAUGACUAAAAACGAAAGUAAAACUAUUCGGAAGAAAGAAAGAAGCAAAAACACUUAAUUGUAUUAGUAUAUAUUAUAUACCCAACUUACCAAUACAUAAAUAUGUGUGUAAACUAUAACUAUAAACUGUUGGCAUGAAGAAAGCUGCGAUGCAUGCGUUAAGAAGAAAAAAGAUUUAUGUUCAAAAACAAGCCAAAACAAUAUUCUUUGUCAAAGAAAUAAAUAUAACAAAAAGAAAAAACAAA